UUAUUUUAUGACGGGGGUUGUCCAGAGCGCAAGCCUGAGCCAUACUAUACGGGAUACUACUGAAAAUACGACUAACAGAUCCUGGCAUUUAGAGUGCAUGUCAGUAUGAGAUGACGUCCCUCAGUGCUAGCUUCGUGCAGAUACAAUUCAAUGACAUCCACUUUUAUGAGAGCUGUGGUGGUGGGAGCUUUGGCAGCGUUUACCGUGCACGCUGGAUCUCACAAGACAAAGAAGUGGCAGUUAAAAAGCUGCUGAAGAUUGAUGCAGAGGCUGAGAUUCUCAGUGUUCUGAGCCACAAAAACAUCAUUCAGUUUUAUGGAGCAAUUCUUGAGGCACCAAACUAUGGAAUUGUCACAGAAUAUGCCAGUGGGGGGUCAUUGUAUGAGUAUCUGUCCAGUGCAGACAGUGAGGAGAUGGACAUGGGUCAAGUAAUGACAUGGGCAGUGGACAUUGCUAAAGGAAUGCAUUAUUUACAUGCAGAAGCUCCAGUGAAGGUUAUUCACCGGGAUCUAAAAUCACGGAAUGUGGUGCUAACUGCAGACAACGUUCUCAAGAUCUGUGAUUUUGGGGCAUCCAAGUUCCUGUCUCACACCACACAUAUGUCUUUGGUGGGCACAUUCCCCUGGAUGGCCCCGGAGGUGAUCCAGAGCCUGCCUGUUUCUGAAACUUGUGACACAUAUUCCUAUGGUGUGGUUUUAUGGGAAAUGCUGACCAGAGAGGUGCCUUUUAAAGGAUUUGAGGGCUUACAGGUGGCCUGGCUGGUUGUGGAGAAAAAUGAGAGGCCAACCAUUCCAAGCAGCUGCCCUGCCAGCUUUGCAGAGCUGAUGAGAUCAUGCUGGGUGGCUGAACCCAAGGAGAGGCCAGUGUUCAAACAGAUCUUGGCCACUUUAGAGUCCAUGUGUAAUGACAGUAAGCUUCCUGACCAGUGUAAUUCUUUCCUACACAACAAAGCAGAGUGGAGGUGUGAGAUCGAUGCAACUCUGGAGCGGCUGAAGAAGCUUGAGAGAGAGCUGACCUGUAAGGAACAAGAGCUGGAAGAGAGAGAGAGGAGACUACGAGAAUGGGAGAACAGACUCAUGAAGAGGUCUAGAUCGUGCACUCCUUUCUUCUCUCACGUCUCCCCCAUGGCUGCCACUCUGAGUGCCGAAUCUUUCUACGAGUCUCGAUCUGAGGAGAGCAACAGCUCAGAGGUGAGCUGCCACAUCUCGUCCUCCUGCAGCAAUGGUGAUCUAGGUGGUGCCAGCCUGCAGGCACUCAUGCGUGGCUUCGGGGGCGUGUUUGACCUGGAUGUGGGCGUGCCCGGAAGCAGUCCCAUGCGCCAAUCAGGCAUGCAGGUGAACAUGCAGGCCAAGCGAAACUCCUCCAAGUCCUCCUGUGUUCGCGAGGGUCGCAAACUCAACAUGGCCAUAGCCAUGGAUGCCUUUGGCUGGUCAGAUGACGACAGCGACUAGAAGCUUUUCUAAAGGAUGUGGGUGUGACCGGACAUGGCAGCGGACAUUAGGUCAGAGCUAGAUCAAAUGUCACAUAUCUGUUUAAAGUUUUUAAAUACUGUAAGUGAGGUAAUAUAAUAGGAUCCAUAAGAUUUAUUAUUUGGAAAAACAAAACUGAAAGCGAGUGAAGAACACUCUUAGUAAUACUUUAAAUGUAGAUCUGUCCAAAGUCUGUUGUGGCCCAUUCUGUUAUUAAAUAUUGAGCAGACUGUGACACUGACCUGGCUCUGGAAGUAAUAGGGCUGCUAUCCUGUCUGUUUUAAGGAAAGACUGCAGUUAGAUUUUUCCAAGCCAGGCAGCCAAGUGGAAAGAGAAAAAAAAAACUAUGUAAUAUAAUCAGGGUUUUACCUCAGCCACCUCUAUAAUUGUGCGUAAAAUAAUUUUUUUAAAUUAGAAAUCCUCAGAGAUCCUCAUUGUUUCAGCAUUAAACUAUAAUAGCAAAUGUUACAUGAGCAAACAUAAGCAAAUUCAUUGUUAUUGGGUAUUGAACUGUUUGUGGCCAGAAGGCUAUGAAGGGGAGUUGUGAAGGUGAGUUUUUGUAAAGCCCUUAUUUUUUAAAUAAAGGAAUUACUGCUG